GGUAAGAUAAAAGUUUAGUUUAGAUUCGUUUUUAAAAGUGAAUGUGACGGCCUCUCGAAGUGGCAGGGUUAACUUAAGUCCGUGGCAUACAACAUACUGCAGAUGAAUUGAUGGAUUCAUAUCACUACCCUGCGCUAUGAACCCGACAACCUGAGUUCGAUUCCGGGACACGGCUAACAUCAGUACCGCAAACAUGUCUAAACUUUUUCAGGGCCACUAUCCACCCCGUUCAACAACCCGCAGUUACCAGCGUCUCGUUAAGUCUGGUCAAACAACCUCCAAUAAAAUAACGGUGGUGGGGAGGCUCUCAUCUAGCGGUGGAUUGACAUGUCCAUUGUUACGUGUAACGACAUCCACGCUGUCAUCAAUCAUCAUCAAUUGAUUUUAAUAGCCAUGAUCGAUACACUGCUGGAUGAAGGCUGCCACCGAGCCAACACGUGCCGUGUCACCACGUGGCGAAGGUUGCCGCGGUCCCUUUAAACCUGAACGCGGAAGUGGCGCGCGUCUUGGCGCCACUUUCAAAGUCGAGCGCGGGAACCGGGAGCGCCCAGUUCUGUUACAAAGGCGAACGAAACUGCAACUGAAGGCAGACAUCAUUAAUGUUCGCCAAUUGUUGGCGUUCUCACGAAGAAUGCCGUUCGCAUAGGGCAUCGUAGCUAGCUUUGGAUUCGUCGGUCAACUUUCAACCAACCGGAGGCCUAGCGCGGCUCCGCGAAGUUUUGUUGAAGCCUCGGUGUUGUUUGGAUCGCCUACCCCCGGGGAAGAGUUGCUCGGACCCCCCGGGAACUCCGCUCAAGAAAUCUAUCGGGAUGCUCUCAAAUUAAAAAGGUCUUGUCGCCCCAUGGGAAAUGAGUAAAAAAAUAAGUCGCACGAUGGAUACCGAUCCUUCUGAAGAGCUCUGCCUGAUUGAUAAACGGAUAACAAGCCUUCGCGACGUGCCGUUGCACUCUCGCCUGCGUGCUGUCAACCUUCACUGCAACCAGAUCGCACGGCUGGAGGGCCUGGGGCGGCUCCCUCAGCUUGCGCACCUGGACCUGUCAUCGAAUCGCCUCGAGAGAAUCGAGGGGCUGGCCUCGCUGGCGUGUCUGCGAACCCUCAACCUCUCCUGCAACCACCUAACCUCUGUCCAGGGAUUGCAGGGCUUGGCGUGCAUGCAUUGGCUCAAUGUCUCCUACAACCGCAUCACCGACCUCGUGGGCCUGCGGGAUCUGCACGGGCCAGACUACCAGCUCAGCCACCUGGAGGCGCACGGCAAUCGGCUGGCCGACGUGGAUGCGCUGGUGGCGGCGCUGGGCGGCCUGCACUGCCUCUCCGUGCUGGUGCUGCGCAAGGACGGGCAGGCCAACCCGGUGUGUCGCGUCACGGGCUACAGGGAGCGUGUGUUUGAGGCUGUCCUUUCGCUGCAAAGUCUGGACGGCCACGACGCCCUCGGCACUGAGCUGAGCAGCUCUAGGGAGGAACCGAGGCUGGCAGAGCUCCGGGAUUUGGAGGACUUCCUGGACGUCCUUGACCAUUGUGAUGACGACCGCAUCGCCGAGCGGGGUGCAUCGCUGAGCACGGAGGGGCCGACGGCACCGUGCUACCGACGGCACCGCACCACCGGGCAGGGAGACGCCGCGAACGGGAGUGAGGAGGAACCAGGGACGGGUGGGGGAGCGAGCGAGCGGCGAAUCGAGAAGCUGGAAGAGCAGAUUUCGACCCUGCUACGGCAGGUUCCGAAUGAUGCCGCGGCUUCCUCGUCCCCGGCGCGACCGCGAGCCAAGAGGGACGUGGACGACACGUCGGAGAGCGAGCGCGACGGCUCGGCGGGGCCCUGCCCUGGCCCCGCGCGCAGGGGGCGCGUGCCGAGCCGCAGGAGACCGACGGAGGCGCCGCGUCAGCGCACCGCCGCGGCCACGGCCGGUGGUGGUGGCGGCGGCGGUGUGCAAAAACUGGCAAAGUCUCGCAGGCGGAAGGGCGGCAGCCCUGGCCCUGGCACGGACGCGAGCGUGACGGCGGCGACGAGCGACUCUGUUGCAGUCGCCGGCGUCGAUCGUCGUGCGAACCGCGGCCGCCCGUCAAUCCAUCUCGAUCCGGCGUCCACCGAGGAGUCCACCUACAGGGCGCUCGUGCGGGAGCUGGACCUGGAGAGGGAACGGCGCUGGAAGGCGGAACAGGCGACCCGCGAGCUGACGGAACGCCUGCGAGGUCUGCAAGCGCAGGCCGGGCAGGAGCGGGAGCUGCAUGGAACGGCGCUACACGUCACCAACAGACUCCAGCAGGGCUUGCUGAAGGAGCGCGAGGAGAAGGAGAAACUGCGAGCCUUGCUGGCGCAGCUGCAGGCAGGAGCGGAGAGCUCGUCGCGGGAGGCGGCCGCUGCCCGGCAGGCUGACGAGAGGCAACGGAAGCAGCUCCGCGCGCUCGAGCAGAACCUGGAGGGGCUGCAGGCCCAGAGGCUUCAACAGCAGACGGCCGAGCUGAAGAAGACGCAAGCGGCGGAGAUGCGGGCGCUGGCGAUGCAGAGAGAGGCGGAGCUGCUGCGCACGUCGCAGCGGCAGCAGCAGGACAAGGUGCAGCAGCUGCAGGAACUUCUGGCGGCGCGUGAGCAAGACCACCGAAAAGCGAUAGAGAGCCGCGUGCCACUCGACGGUCCGGAGUUCAAGCAGGCGUUGGACCGGGAGCGGGCCCGCGUGGAGGAGCAGCACGCGGAGGCGCUGCGUGUCCACCAGGACAGAGUGGAGGCCCUCACGCUGCAGUACGCCCAUCUCGAGGAUGAGUUUCGGGCAGCCUUGUCAAUCGAGGCUACGCGCUAUCAGGAGGUGAAGCUCGCGUUUGAUCGCGCGGCCGAGGAGCUGGCGAAGCAGACGGCGGAGCUGGCGGCGACGCGCGACAAGGAGCGGCGUUCCGCCACGCUCGUGCGGGAGCUCACGGUCAUGGUCAAGGAGCAGAAGGGACGGCUGUCGGAGCUCGCCAGGGCAAGGCAGGAGGCGGGCGCGCUCAUCAAGAGGCAGGCGCAGGCGCUGGACGGUGCGGCGGAGGAGGACAAGCGCAGGACGGUGCAGCUGGAGUUGCUGCGCAAGGAGAAGUCGCACCUCGUGUCACAACUCAAGGUGCUGGAGUCCGUGGCGGACGGACUGCGGAGCGAGCGGCACGCCUGGGGUCAUGAGCUGGCGCAGCAAGGAGCGGCGCUCUCCCAGGACCGCGGGCGAAUGGAGGCGAGGAUUGAGUCACUCCAGGCCGAGGCGGAUUCUCUGCGCAAGCAAGCGGAGCGCGACGCGGACGCCCUCAAGAUUAAGACCAAGAUCCUGGACGACCAGACGGAGACGAUCCGCAAGCUCAAGGAGGGCCUGCAAGAGCGGGACGAGACGGUGCGGCGCGCGCGGGACGAGAGUCUGGCCGCCCGGCGGGAGAUGGAGUCGCGUCUGGCGGAGCAGACGGCCGCCGGCCGGGAGCUGCAGGAGCGUGUCGAGCGCCUGGACGACCGCAAGGAGCAGCUGGAGCUGGAGCUGGAGGAGGCGCGCGACCGGCUGGGACGAGCCACGCGUGAGCACGAGGCGACCAACCGCAAGUGGAGCGAGAAGGCUCAGCUGCUGUCGCGGCUCGAGGGCCAAGUGCGGCAGAUGAAGGAGGGCUUCGACGCCAAGGAGGCUCGGCUCCAGCAGGAGAGGGACCAGGCGAUCAAAGCGCACAAGGCGGCCCUCGCGAAGCUUCGAGAGGCCGAUGACGCCUUCCGGCGCCAGCUGGAGAGCACCCACGCCGCACACCAGGCCGAGCUGGCGCGCGUGUCCACAGACAGACAGCGCCAGGUGGAGGCCGCCAAUCUCUCGGUCCAGAGGGUGGAGGAGGAGAUGCGCGCUUUGCUGCGCGAGACCGCCAGCGGUAAGAAGUCCACCGAGGAGAAGAUACGGCGUCUCACGGCCGCCUUGACGGAACUGCAGCAAGACCUGUGACUGCUGUCGCGAGCGCGUGCCGCCGAAUCACAUCCCCUGAGGCUUGGAGCUUGGUCAGAGCGAUAGGACCAUCGCACAUCCCACCUCAGGCUGUCAUCGGGUCCACCACCGAUUGGCACUCUGGCCAAUGUUUACCAUUGGUACUCUGAAUGGGGGGGGGGGGGGAUGAUGUGUGUGUGUAUAUAUAUAUAUAGUCUUUCACUGGGUGCGUAAACUAUUCAGUGUGUUUACUCUUUGGUUCUAUUGGGUAAAGUCACGUAGGUGAAAAUAAAAUAACAAAAAAUCACG